GAAAGACCCAAUGGAUCUUGCAGAAUUUCAGCGAUCUUUCGAGCGGCAAUUUCGGGUGCUCGCCGACGGUGAACCCGUCUUCUGCGCUCAGCAGCAGAAGCAGCUUGCUACUUUGAAACGCCCAGAUGUUCUCUUGGUAGACCUAUUCGGUGGUUACCAAUUACUGCAGAUUGCGCGACGCCUUAGCCCAGACACAAAAGUAUGGGCCUCAGGAUCCUUCUUUGGUAUCGCCCUCUGCUCGCUCUUUGGACCCUUCGGACCAGAUAGUCGCGGACACCUGCAGAGACUAGUGGCACAGCACAUGGCUGCAACUGGGCAGGAUCUGAUGUCUGCCGCGCUGGAGGUCGUCGCCAGCCCCAGCGACCAGGUCGACCAGGUGCCGGGUCUUCCGCCGGUGUUCAAGUACGAGAGCUUCCCUCAGGAGCGCAUCGUCGAGUCACCCUUUGUCGGCCUUUUUCACCUGGAUGGUGCAUCGUUGAUUCAUGAGUGCGACGCCCUUGUCAGUUCAACCUCAGCCAUCUACGAGCCGAAAGAAUGCAUCAAAGCCCUCAACGAUUUCUUCGCGCUGACGUCUCGAAAGAUGUAUCUGGUCGGUCCUCUGAUAUCCGACACGAAGCGCUCUUCCAGACUCGAAACAGAGGGAGCCGCCAAGUCGCCCGAGCUUCUCGAGUUCAUGCAGAAUGCCCUGAAGACGCAUGGCGAGAAAUCACUCAUAUACAUCUCUUUCGGCACUUUCUUCUGGAGCACACAGCCGGAUAGGCUAUGGACUGUGCUGGAUGUCCUGAUGGAGAAGAAGAUCCCUUUCAUUUUGAGCCACGCUUCCCCAUUCGCUAAAGUUCCCGAUGAAAUUGUUGAGAAAGUCAAGGCUUCGAGCCUGGGCUUCCUCACAACAUGGGCCCCUCAGCAGACGAUACUGGAGCACUCUGUUACCGGGUGGUUCAUGACCCAUGGUGGCUUCAACAGCAUUACCGAGUCUAUCGCCGCAGGAGUCCCAAUGAUCUGCUGGCCCUUCAGCGCUGACCAGCCGGUGGAUACACUGCUACUUACCGAGAAUCUCGGCGUCGCGUACGAGCUCACCGAGGUGCGCAGCGGCAGCUGGGGCCUCAAGCCCGUCUACCGCACGGGCAAGGCGCCGACGGCCACGCUCGACGCCGUCCGUGCGGAGGCAAAUGCGGUGCUAGAUAAGGCGUUCAGCGAGGAUGGUGCCGAGAAGCGGGCCAAUACACAGAAGCUGAAGAACAUGUCGAGCGAGCAGUGGAAGGAGGGUGGCCCCUCCCGGAUUGCCGCGCAGCAGCUUCUUGAUGACCUUCACUGA